GUCUCUCACAAGCACCAAGCUCACCGGCUCUCUUCCAGCCACUGUGUCUCGCCUCACCCGCUUAGAAGAACUGACUCUCAGUUUCAACAGUUUAUCAGGCUCCAUCCCACAAGGCAUUGCUGAUCUGGCUGCUCUCUCUCUCCUGAACGUCGGGAGCAACAAGCUAGAGGGCAAAAUCCCUUCGGCCAUAUUCCACCUUACCAAGCUCGCCUUCUUGGACCUUCGAUGGAACUUGUUUUCUGGCUCCAUCCCAACAGCAAUUUCUCGCCUCCCUCUCCUCUCCUACCUGUCUCUUGGCAGUAACAAACUCACUGGCACAAUCCCUUCAUCCAUCUGCAGUCUCACCAAACUUAUCUUGUUAGAGCUUCGCUGGAAUCAACUAUCAGGCUCCAUUCCCGCAGCCAUCUCUAACUUGUCUGCCCUCGUGCACCUAGACCUCAGCUUCAACAUCAGAAUCACAGGCUCCAUUCCCCUUGAGAUGCAGAGCCUUACCAAGCUCCGAUUUCUAUACCUCAGCUAUAUGAGUCUAUCGGGCCCCUUCCCAAACUGGAUAUCUGGUCGCACCAAGCUCAGAAUCUUAGACGCUGCGCACAACAGCAUCAAUGGCAGCAUACCAGAGUCCAUCGGCAGCACCAUCAACCUUCAUGGCUUCUCCAUGUGGAAGAACAACCUGUCGGGCAGCAUUCCCAAGUCCAUUGGCAGCCUCACCAAGCUCAGCAGCCUGUCAGUCUCUCACCACAGGCUGCUGCUGCCCUUGCAUCCGUUGCUGCUUUGGGGGGUGCUGCGCUUACUCUUGCAGCACAUGCUGGUGCAGCACAUGCUGGUGCAUCCCAAGAGCUUAUCUGCUGAGCCAGCCCACAAGCAGCCUCACCACCGAGCUCAGAAGCCUGCCUGUCAGGACUUGUCAGACAACCAGCUCGAGGGAACCAUCCCAGAGGGCAUUGGCAACAUGAAGGAUAUUCGAAAACUGGAUCUCUCCGACAACCACUUGACCGGCACUCUCCCCAACACCCUCUCUCGCCUUUCUGGCCUGUUUCAGCUGUUCCUCAGCCGCAACAACCUGAGCGGCUCAUUUCCUCAUUGGAUUGCAGAGAUGUCUAGCAUUGGGUGGCUAUACCUCGAUGACAACAAUUUUUCAGGCCCCGUGCCUGCUGCUCUUGGCGGCUCCAAAGGCCUCAUCUUUCUUGAAAUGUCAGAUUCUGGCCUCACUUGCCCCACAAAUGCUUCCAGCUGUGUGGUUCGACAAAUCAACUACAGCGCAUUCUGCCAAAACUGCAAGGCCUUCUGUGCCACGUGCACAAGUGACAAAUCCCCACCCCCAUCACCAUACGUGGCCUCCCCUCCACCAUCCCCGUCACCCAAUCAACCCGUCAACCCCUCCUCCACCUCAUCCGCUUCCUCCUCCCAAUCUGGCCUGCCUGUGGGGGCUAUCAUCGGCAUUGUGACAGCAGCCCUUCUGCUCUUGCUUCUCCUGCUCGCCUCAGCUUGGUGGUUUGCCAUUCGCUCCAAUAUUUCCACAGAAGACCCACCCAGCCCGCAAUUAGGAAAUGCAACGACACCAUGCCGGCGGUACUCGCUGGCCGUGGUGGCUCGUGCGACCAACAACUGGUCCAAGGAGUGCCUGCUGGGGUCGGGCGCUUACGGAGACGUGUACCGCGGGGUAUGCCCCGAGGAUGGCACCACGCUGUGGGCCGUGAAGCGCGCCAAGGUCAUCACCGCUGACUUCCACAGAGAG